AUGGCUGCCGCUGUUUAUUUGAGAGUCACUGACGUUGAUGAGAACACAAAGGUCUCACUUUUGGGUUCAAAAACGCAAGUAGCACCGCUGAAGACCAUGACAAUUCUACGCUUGGAAUUAUCUGCUGCAUGGUUGCUUACACAACUGAUACUUCAUGUCAAGGAAAUUCAGUCGCUAGAAAAUAUCAGGAUCAAUCUCUGGACUGACUCCGCCGUGACUCUCGUAUGGAUUCAAAGUCCAGCAACCCGCUGGAAGACAUUCGUCCGCAAUAGAGUGGAAAAAAUCCAAGAAACGCUUCGAGAUGUCUCCUGGAAAUUUAUUCCAGGAAAACAAAACCCCGCUGACUGCGCUUCAAGAGGUAGACCAACGCUAAAGCUAAAACAACACGCUCUCUGGUGGUAUGGACCGACUUGGUUUCAUGAACCAGAAUCCUCUUGGCCCACUCUGGAGCCUCCAGCUGAAAACGCAACGCAUCGAGAAGAACGCCAAGGUCUGACACUACUGUUUCCACUGCUACAGAAGCUCAGCAUCUGGCAUCGUGUCAUCGACCGCUUCAAAAGAGUUCCACAAUCUUCGCUGGCCUACCCGCUUACUCCAUCAGACCUGGAGCACGCUAAAUUGACCUUGAUUAAACUCACCCAAGGACAAUACUUCGCUAGAGAGAUUCAUACGCUUCAAGAUGGUGAUGGUCUGCCGAAAAAUAACUGCAUCACCAAUCUGACUCCGUUUAUUGACCAUCAGGGGGUCCUGAGAGUCGGUGGCCGUUUGAAAAACGCAUUGCUGGACCCAGAAGAAAAGCAUCCAGCGAUCUUGCCAAGACAAUCACCGCUUACAUCAAUCCUGAUUGAUGAUUCGCACCGCAAAACGCUUCACGGAGGUACUCAGCUUACGCUCGCUGACUUGCGCGAGAGUGUCUGGAUCAUUGGAGGCCGUGUUCCAGUCAGAUCAUUCAUAUUACGCUGCGCUAUCUGCACUAGACACCGUGGAGAACGCGCUCAACAGUUGAUAGGUCAACUAUCUGCCGCACGAGUGCAGCCAACUCGAGCUUUCCUGCAUACAGGACUCGACUACGCUGGACCCAUCACUCUGAAAACUUUUCAAGGACGUGGAGCAAAAACAUACAAAGGCUGGAUUGCAGUCUUUGUCUGCAUGUUCAGCUCAGCUGUACAUCUAGAGCUAGUGACUGACUACACCGCUGCCGCCUUCAUCGCCGCUUAUCACCGCUUUACUAGUCGCCGAGGUAUCUGUCAUACGCUAUACUCAGAUUGUGGAACCAACUUUGUAGGGGCAGAUAAAGACCUGAAACGACUAUUCGCUGCAGGAUCCCGCUCACUUCAAGAAUUAUCAGUGUUAAUCGCUCAAGAUGGCACGAACUGGAAGUUCAAUGCGCCUGGAGCUCCACAUUUUGGAGAAAAAUGGAAAGCCGCUGUGAAAUCAAUUAAGUUUCAUCUUCGACGAACAAUCGGAGACUCGCUGUUGACGCUAGAGCAGUAUUCAACGCUACUGGCUCAAAUUGAAGCCAUCUUGAAUUCCAGACCGCUCACACCGCUGGAUGAAGAUACUGCUUACCUGGCAGUACUGACACCAGGUCAUUUCUUAAUCGGACAGUCACUCAACGCAGUUCCAGAGCCAUCGCUGACAGAAUUACUACCCGCUUGGCUCUCGCAUUAG